GGCCUCUGCGAGCUGUUGCUGUGCUGCUAUUGGUGGGCCUCACCUGGGUGUUAGCCAGCUCCAUACUUGGAGGGGACAGCAACUUGGUGGUCAAACACUUCUUCAGUGCAGGAUAAUGCCCCUUGCCACAAGGCUAGGAUUGUCCAGGAAUGGUUCCACGAACAUCAAUCCAAUUGAGCGUCUGUGGGAUGAGUUGGAACGAGAUAUUCGGUGUAGAGAUGCACUACCAGAAAACUUGGCACAACUGUGGGAAGCAUUGGAGUCAACAUGUGCCAGCAUCUGGACUGCUUUCAACACCUUGUAGAGUUCAUGCCACAACAAAUUGAGCCUGUUCUGAGGGCAAAAGGGAGUGCAACCCAAUAUUAGGAAUAAGUUUCUAAUGUUUUGAAAGAUAAUUGUGUGUGUGUACACUAUUUUAAUAGCAGGACACUGAAGAGUAUGAAUUAGGCUGUUUGAGAAGGUUUGAAUCCUAAGCAACCUGCAUAGACAUUGUUUGAAGUACAAUAGACUAAAAAUAGCUUUGACCUACUACAGUAGCUGUGUGCUAAAAAAAACUUGGUGGAGUAGGCAUUGUGGCGCUCGUGAAUUUCCCUUUUUCGCCUUCAGACCAAAACCUACUUCUGACAGUUUUUAAUAGACUACGGCUGGGAAUUGCCAGGGACGUCACAAUGCAAUGGUUAAGGGCUUGGACAAACGAGGAGCCAACAGCUGAGCCCAAACCACACAGGUACAAGUGUGGUCUGUCGGCUCCCUGUCCUCAGAAACAUCUGGCUUUCCGCAUCGUCUCUGGAGCCGCCAACGUCAUUGGGCCCAAAAUCUGCCUGGAGGAUAAGAUCCUUGUCAGCAGUGUCAACAACAAUGUUGGUAGAGGACUAAACAUUGCUUUAGUAAAUGGGGUAUCUGGAGAGCUCUUGGACACAAAAGCAUUUGAUAUGUGGGCAGGAGAUGUUACUGACCUGUUGAAGUAUCUCCUACCUUUACAUGAGGGAACACUUGUGUUUGUAGCUUCCUUUGACGAUCCUGCCACAAAAUUAAAUGACGAGGCUCGUCGUCUGUUUGAGGAGCUGGGUAGCACAGCAGUGAAGGAGCUCACCUUCAGAGACAGCUGGGUGUUUUUAGGAGCCAAGGGCAUCGAGAACAAGAGUCCAUUCGAACAGCGUAUGAAGAACAGUAAGAACAGUAACAAGUACGAAGGCUGGCCUGAGUCUCUGGAAAUGGACGGCUGUGUCCCCCUCCGUUCCCCUUCAGAGGGCUAAACACACUCUGCUUGUAUCCCUCCCUUCCUCCACUCUUCUCAGAUGAUGCUUAUGCCCUACAUGGAUCCAAUGCUUUUAAAUACUGGGAGUGUGCAAGACAAGUGCACACUUUGGGAGAAGGGUGGAGAGUUGGAACGCAACCUGUUUCUAAGGACUAGCACCUUUUGAGAACGAAGGCCUCUGGUUCUAAGGACUAGCACCUUUUGCGAACGAAGGCAUCUGGUUCUAAGGAUUAGCAGCACAGAUCUAUCUGGAGAACCUGGAGCAGCAGAAGCAUUGACUAUGACAUUUUGACUCUCCUCGAUUUACAGGCUUCCUCACAUUCCUUCUCUUUAAUGAAACUUGUGGCGUUUCUAUCACAACGGCCUUUUUCUGUGUCUCUCGGCACCCAUUAUUAGCCAAACGAUAAUUUAGACAAGCCCACAUAAUGGGCUUAAGAUGGCCCUAUGGCCAGUCUGUCCCUAAUGAGACUUGAGUAUGGUAUUGGUAUUGCAUGACUACAGUUGGAUAAAUGAUGCUCUGUUACAAUAUCAUGUAACUACAGGGAGGUAAAGAAUCUUACAAUACUUUUUUUUAUUCCUUCACUUUUUAUUAUUUUUUGUCAAGUAACACGUGCUGAAAAGGACAUCUUCUCUUGAGUGGACUGACUCACUCACAAUGCUGGUAGCAAGCUGGCCUGAUGGUUGAUAUGCUAACUUGUUGAAGCAACUGUUUGGACAUGACAUUUGAACUAGGAAUUGAUUUAAGUGUUUGAGGCUUAAUGUUCCUGGGAAUGACCACAUAGGAGGACAUGGAUAUUUCAGAGACCAAAUGUUUGAUGCACAGAUAAGGGAACAAAUUAUGCUGGAUAGAAAAAAAGAAUAUAUUAAAGAAGUAAUGUCUGUAAAACCCUGCAAAUGCACAGGAAGAGGGCAGAUACUGCUGCCUAUAUGAGCGGAAAUCGCGAACAGAAUACAAUUAGGAUUCACUAACAACAUAUUAUUGCUGGCUGUUCUAGGAAGGAUAUUGAAUGUUAUGAUAAAUAAAAAUGCAUUAAUAUAUAUUUUGUAUGCAUAGUUUAAUAUAUUAAAUUGUAGAUUUCAAUCUAUUUGUGCUAGCCUGAGUGCCAGUAUGUUUGUUCCAUCAUGCCAACUUGUAGUCAUGUCAAACAUUUGGCUUGACAAGGUGUAAUGGAAGCACAAACAGAUCUGGGACCAGGUUAAAGUGCUAAUAACCUCCACCUUUUAUGUGAGGGUUACCCUGGGGGUCGGAUGUGGGGCUACACCAAUGCCAUGAUUACUGUAUAUAUGUGACCUUUGUAUGCUUGCAAUGCUCAGUGAUGGAAAAGUACUGGGUAAAUGGAGAUGUACUGCUUUAGUUCUCAGGCUGAGAAUUGUCUGCAUCUGCUGACAGUCACACAGCCUCAAGGCCGAGAUAGUAGAGUGAGAAACCACUGUGUAGACAUGUUUUUCUAAUUUUAGAUACUUUGUAUAACAAUGUUAUGAUAUGAUUGACGGUAGGUUGUAUAAAGAGUGUGGUCUCCUGUUUCGCCACACAGAUGUUUACUAUAGACUACUGAGGUAUUCUGUAUGCAAAACUGUCUGCAAUUGCAUUUUAUUACUAAAUAGUUUUAUACCAAG